UUAUGUAUUGGUACCAUAAAGGACGAUUUCUUAGGUGUGAUCAAUGAUCCCACAACAGCUUAGUCAGAUGUGGGAUAUGUUCUGUUUCAUGGAAAUUUUGUUUCCCACUACCUUGUAACUGUUGUAUGGUUCUCUUGUAUAUAUUUCCAUGGACAUGAAUUUUGCUGUCGAACUACAUAUCGGGUUUGGUACAUUUGUGUUAUAAUAAUUUAGGAAUAUUUUUUAGAUAUAUAUUUAAAAUUGUAGAGAUUUGAAUCUUUUUAAUUAAAAAAAGAACUAAUUCGAGAAAAUUUUUGUACAAAAUUGGCACGUGCUAUGCACGUGAGACAAAAAAUCUGACUUUAAAAGGAGAACAUGGAAGUUCAACAACCAGACAUCAAUCUGAGAUCAGUUCCCAAAAGACAAAUAGAAGUGAAGUGUGCUUUCGUUUGUGACCGAUGUGGGCGUUUAACACUCCCCCGCCAACGCAACCACCGUCACUGUUCAACCCGCCUCGUACUCCUCCUAAGCUCCCUUCCUCUUCUCUUACCUUAAACCCCUCGAUCUCCACCUCAACGCACAACAACAAUCAACUAAUCCAAUCCUUAUGCAAACAAGGCAACUUUAAACAAGCCUUCAAGCUCCUUUCCCAAGAACCCGACCCUUCUCAAAGAACCUACGAACUCCUUAUACUUUCUUGCGCCCACCAAAACUCCCUCUCCCUUGCCCAAUCCCUUCAUUCCCAUAUAUCCGAAAAUGGGUUUGACCAAGAUCCUUUCUUGGCUACCAAACUAAUUUCUAUGUAUGCUGCUUUGGAUUCCCUUGACGAUGCUCGCAAGGUGUUCGAUAAAACGCGUAAGAGAACGAUUUUCGUCUGGAAUGCGCUUUUUCGAGCGCUUACUUUGGCUAGUUCUGGAGAAGAAGUUUUUGGUUUAUAUAGAAAAAUGAAUAGAACUGGAAUCCCGUCGGAUAGAUUUACUUAUACUUACGUGCUUAAAGCUUGUGUUGCUUCUGAGUGUUUAGUUUCGCUUUUAAAGAAAGGAAAAGAGAUUCAUGCUCAUAUUUUAAGACAUGGGUUCGAAGCACAUGUUUAUAUUAUGACUACUUUGGUGAAUAUGUAUGCCAUGUUUGGUUGCGUUUCACAUGCGAGUUUUGUUUUUGGGAAGAUGCCUGUCAGGAAUGUGGUUUCUUGGAGUGCAAUGAUUGCGUGUUAUGCCAAAAAUGGGAAGGCGUUUGAGGCAUUGGAGCUUUUUAGGGACAUGAUGGUUGAGACUCAUGAUUCCUUUCCAAAUUCGGUUACUAUGGUUAGUGUUCUUCAAGCUUGUGCAGCUCUGGCUGCUUUGGAGCAAGGGAAGUUGAUUCAUGCUUAUAUUCUUAGGAGAGGGCUUGAUUCAGUUUUGCCAGUUAUAAAUACUCUUAUUACAAUGUAUUCGCGAUGUGGUAAACUUGAAUUGGGGCAACGGAUUUUUUAUCGGAUGGAGAAAAGAGAUGUUGUGUCAUGGAAUUCGUUGAUUUCGAGUUAUGGUGUUCAUGGAUUUGGGAAGAAAGCAAUGCAAAUUUUCCAAGAGAUGAUUGAUCAAGGUGUUUCGCCAAGUCCUGUAACUUUUGUCAGUGUUUUAGGAGCUUGCAGCCAUGCAGGUCUCGUUGAAGAGGGGAAAAGGUUGUUUGAGUCAAUGCGUAAAGAACAUGGAAUAUAUCCUAGUGUUGAGCACUAUGCUUGUAUGGUUGAUCUUCUUGGUCGUGCCAAUAGGUUAGAAGAGGCUGCUAAGAUUAUAGAUGAAAUGCGGAUUGAACCUGGAGCUAAGGUUUGGGGUUCACUUCUUGGCUCAUGUAGGAUUCAUUGUAACGUAGAGUUAGCAGAGAGAGCUAGCAGUAGGCUAUUCCAACUUGAACCCACAAAUGCUGGGAAUUAUGUACUUCUGGCUGAUAUUUAUGCAGAAGCUAAGAUGUGGGAUGAGGUAAAGAGAGUGAGGAAGCUGCUAGAAACUCGCUCGCUGCAAAAAAUUCCGGGCAGAAGUUGGAUCGAACUCAAAAGGAAAAUCUAUUCAUUUGUUUCUGUUGAAGAGCUCAACCCUCAGGUCGAACAGAUCCAAUCUUUCUUGAUUAAACUGUCUGCUGAGAUGAAGGAGAAGGGAUAUAUGCCGCAAACUAAAGUUGUGCUCUAUGAUCUCGAUGAAGGAGAGAAGGAACAGAUUCUAUUGGGUCACAGUGAAAAACGUGCAUUAGCAUUUGGACUUAUCAAUGCUAAUAAAGGGGAGACCAUUCGGAUAACAAAGAAUUUGCGGUUAUGUGAAGACUGCCAUUCAUUUACAAAGUUCAUUUCCAAGUUUGCAAACAAAGAGAUUCUGGUUCGUGAUGUGAAUCGCAUUCACCAUUUCCAGAAUGGAGUUUGUUCUUGUGGGGAUUAUUGGUAGUAAUAUGAACCCCCCCCCCCCCCUUUCUUGUCAUUUUAAGUUUUGGAAAAUAGGACUUUGGGGGAAAUAAUCUUUUAUCAUAAGACCAUAGAGAUAUUCACAGAUGUACAGAAACCAAGUUUAAUUGGUUUUUCAUUGUUAUGUCUUUUUCCCAUAAUUUUAUACUAUGAAUUCGGAUAACAUAUUUGCUUUACAUUGGCAUUAAAUUUUCCUUUUUUGCUUCAACUCACAAGUCAUGACCAGGGCUUUCCUAGUUGUCCAAACUUUCUGCAAAAGACAAAUUUUAUUUAUCGACUUUGUUGUGAAAUAAAGAAUAGCUGUUCUUGAUCACCAAUUCUGGUAGAAUUGAUUCCAAAGGCCUCAAAGUUCAACUCUCGAUUACAAUGGUACACAAACUACUCGAUUUUCACUUUAGCAAUCAUUUCAAAUAAGUAAAAAUGCCUGCAGAAACUAAACUCUGCGCAAGAACUGGUGCCGCAGAAUUCAUAAGCAAAU